AAUUUCUGCUGCUGUUGGCGCGUAUUCUCCACUGGGCUGCCGUCAACAGCCCUAGACACAGAGCCCUGAUAUCAAAGGGGGGGGGCCCGGUUGUUGUAUUUCGUUCGCUACCGCGUUUAUUUUUAUUUUUAUUUCGAUCGUUCAUCUUCUCUCCUACCCCAAUCCACACCCCUCCACAAAAAAAGACGGCAGUCCCACCUGGCACCUUGACAAUGGAAAGGCUCUGACCGGUGCCCCACAGCCCACUCUGCCCACUCUGCCCACGUCAAAUACUUCUCAGCUCGAAGAUCGCUCGCAAUGCCGGUGGUAGCCAGUAAACAUCGUGCAGUAGUCCAGCAUUCAAGGCCGAGGGCGGAAUGGAAUUGACGCGGCCCUCGGCUUGCUACUGGGCUCGGUCCGGCCGCGGGAGGUCUGUGCCGUGCGUGGCCGGUCACUCCGUGGAGAGAGGCCCAGGUGCAUUGGCCUAGCGUAGUAGACUUGGGCAAUGUAGACUCGUUUUUAUAUCGACGAGGGCACGCACACUGCCCCUCCAUAGCGGGCUCCCCAACGGUUCUAAGAGCACAUCAUUCACCAUCAACAACCACUCAGGCUGCCGGCCAACAGCUGGGCCGAGGCUAGACGAGAAGAGGAAAAAGAAGAAAGGAAGAGGCAGAGGUCAAUCUAACAACAACAAAAGAAAAGAGAGAAACAAACGUGCCCUGUAGCCUGACAUGUCGGCUGGCUCUGCCCCAGUCGGGGCUGAUCUCUGGAAGCAUGCGGACCCCCAGUCCACCAGCAUGUUCGCCUUUCUCCAGCACGUCAACAGACGACACUCGCUGGCGCUGGGCGACUAUGCCCAGCUACACCAGUGGUCCGUCAAGUGCCCGGCCGCGUUCUGGGCGGAAGUCUGGCAAUAUGUGGGCAUCACGGCAUCUAGGGGCUAUGACGUUGUGCUGCCAGACGACGCACCCAUGUUCCCGCGACCCGUCUUCUUCGCCGGCGCCCGGCUGAACUUUGCCGAGAACAUGCUCUUCCCGCCCAAGGCCUCCGGGCUCGACCCCGAGUCCACCACGGCCGCCGUAACGGCCACCGAGACGGGCUGCAGGGAGACGACGUGGGCCGAGCUGCGCGACAUGGUCCGCCGCUGCUCUGCCUCACUCCGCGCCGCCGGUCUCGCCAGCGGCGACGUGGUGGCCGGCUUCGUCUCCAACCACAUCGAGGCCCUCGCCGCCAUGCUGGCCGCCGCCUCCGUCGGCGCCCUGUGGACCAGCAUCAGCCCCGAUAACGGCGUGAGCGCCGUGCUCGACCGCCUGCGUCAGGUCAGGCCCAGGGUCCUCUUCGCCGACGACGCCAUGAUGUACAACGGCAAGACGUGGCCGAGCUCCGUCAAAACCCUCGAGAUCGCCACCGCGCUGCGCGAACACGGGCUUGCCCUCGUCGUCGUCAUUGCCGGGGACUCCGCUGGCGUUGGUCCGGACCUGACCGGGCUCCGCUCGCUGCCGGACGUCCGCGCCGACGACUUUGCCGCCUUCCUCGCCGCCGCCCCGCCCGACGCCGAGCUGCGCUUCGACCAGCUUCCCGCGGAUCACCCCCUCUACAUACUGUACAGCAGCGGCACCACGGGCUUGCCAAAGGCCAUCGUGCACACCGCGCUCGGCACCCUCAUCCAGCACAAGAAGGAGCUCCUUUUGCAUUGCUCUAUGGGCCGUGCGUCACGGCUCUUUUACUACACGACGACCUCCUGGAUGAUGUGGCACUGGAGCAUCUCUGCCCUUGCCCUGGGGGCCACGGUGGUCUUGUACACGGGAUCGCCAUUCAAGCCUCACGGCUAUCUGUCUCUCCCCAAGCUCCUGUCAUCUCUCAAGGUCACGCAUUUCGGGACCUCAGCCGCCUACCUCACCACCCUGGAGGCCAAUAAGGUCCUGCCCGUGCAGCACGACGAUCUCGAUCUUUCCUCACUCGAGGCCAUCUACUCGACCGCGGCCCCGCUGCCCCCCUCGACGUUCGCCUUUGUCUACGAGGCCUUCCCGUCCAGCGUACACCUCGCCUCCAUCACCGGCGGCACCGACAUCGUCUCCCUCUUCGGCGCGCCCUGUCCCCUGCUCCCCGUGCGGGCGGGCGAAGUGCAGUGCGCCGGCCUGGGCAUGGCCGUCGGGGUCGUCGACUCGGCCGCGCCGCCGGACCGGCCGGACCCCGUCUCCCCCGGCGAGCCGGGCGACCUCGUCUGCACGGUCCCCUUCCCAUGCCAGCCGCUGACCUUCUUCGGGCCUGAUGGCGAGGCCAAGUACCGCCAGGCCUACUUCUCGCGCUUCCCCGGCCCCCCCGCCAUCUGGCACCACGGCGACUUUGUGCGCGCCGUCGCCGGCUCGGGCGGCCUCGUGAUGCUGGGCAGGUCCGACGGCGUCCUCAAGCCGGCCGGGGUCCGGUUCGGCUCGGCCGAGAUAUACAACAUCCUCGCCAAGUUCUUCGCGGCCGAGGUGGAGGACGCCCUCUGCGUCGGUCGCCGCCGGCCCGGCGACAAGGACGAGUCGGUCUGCCUCUUCGUCACCAUGGCUCAGGGGUGCCUGUUUGACGACCAGCUCGCGGCCAGGAUACGUGGUGUGGUCCGCAGCGAGCUGAGCCCCAGGCACGUGCCAAACUUUGUGGACGAAUGCAAAGGUGGAAUCCCAAAGACGAGCAACGGCAAAAAGAUCGAGGUCGCGGUCAAACAAAUCAUAUCCGGCGUCGACAUCAGGAACAAGCUCAGCCAGAGUGUCGCAAAUCCGGAAUCGCUCGAUUGGUUCAAGGCCUGGAACGAGGAGCAUCCCUGACCACACCGCAUCACGCACCCGGCGACAGCACACCCCCAGGCGGGAGGGCUCCCUCGCAAUUUGCAUGCCAUGGGGCGUCCUGAUGUAUAUCUUUGGCGUCCGAUCGCUACUACAUCCGAGGGGGCCGUUCGUAAACAGUGGUUUAUAUAGAGCUCGAGCGGUCGUUGAAAUCCAAAAUAGAGCCGACCAACACACAAAAAGGCUCUUUCUUACGCUUUAUUUUUAUUUUGAUUAUUAUUUUUCUAUACCUCUAUCUAUUAAUGUUUCCUACUCGUUAUGUAGGACCAAUCCGCCAUCUACGACAAAGAAGUCUUUAAUUUUGCAUAAAUGCCAAGUAAGAACCCCAGCUCCGUUUAUAAGCACCAACUGGCUUUACUCGCUGUAAACGUA